GCGCCAGGGGAAAGGGGCACGCGCGCCGCUGUUGGGCCAUUCGGCAGCGGCGGUGGGAGGGUACGACGUUUCGGGGAAAGGUUGCUGCUCGGAUCGGGCUCCUGGUAACCGCUCCGCCCGACCACCUCGGGAAAGAGGGAAACGUCAGCAGGGUACAAUGGACAGUCGCAACGGCGAUUUCAAUAUCCUGCUGGCCACUGACUCUUACAAGGUGACUCACUACCUGCAGUAUCCACCUAAUACAAGCAAGGUAUAUUCUUACUUUGAAUGCCGUGAGAAGAGGAGGGAAGAUAUAAAAUCCAGGAAGGUGCAAUAUGAUGAGACUGUGUUCUAUGGUUUACAAUACAUACUGAAGAAGUAUUUAGCAGGCAAAGUUGUAACAAAGGAGAAAAUUCAAGAGGCCAAAGAGGUCUACAGAGAACAUUUUCAACAUGAUGUAUUUAAUGAGAGUGGUUGGAAUUAUAUUCUUGAGAAACAUGAUGGUCACCUUCCAAUAGAAGUAAAGGCUGUUCCUGAAGGAAGUGUCAUUCCUCGGGGAAAUGUUCUCUUUACGGUUGAAAAUACAGAUCCAGAGUGCUAUUGGCUAACCAACUGGGUUGAGACUAGCCUUGUUCAGACUUGGUAUCCAAUCUCUGUGGCCACGAAUUCCCGAGAGCAGAAGAAAAUUUUAGCCAAGUACCUGCUGGAGACUGCUGGUAAUUUAAACGGGCUGGAAUACAAGCUUCAUGACUUUGGUUACAGAGGGGUUUCCUCACAAGAGACAGCAGGAAUAGGGGCAUCUUCCCAUUUAGUCAACUUCAAAGGAACAGACACCGUUGCAGGAAUCACUGUCAUCAAGAAGUAUUAUGGAACAAAGGACCCUGUGCCAGGAUUUUCAGUACCAGCAGCAGAACACAGUACAAUUACAGCAUGGGGAAAAGAUUGUGAGAAAGAUGCCUUUGAACACAUUAUGAAGAAGUUUUCCACUGUGCCAGUAUCAAUAGUCAGUGACAGUUAUGACAUUUAUAAUGCUUGUGAAAAAAUUUGGGGAGAGGACUUGAGGCAUUUGAUAGAGUUACGAAGUCCUGAAGCCCCACUUAUUAUACGACCAGAUUCAGGAAAUCCACUUGAUACAGUUUUACAGGUUCUUGAAAUCCUGGGAAAGAAAUUUCCACCAACUGAGAAUUCUAAAGGUUAUAAGGUGCUUCCUCCUUUCUUGAGAAUUAUUCAGGGAGAUGGUGUGGAUAUAAACACUCUGCAAGAGAUCGUACAAGGAAUGAAAACACAUAAAUGGAGCAUUGAGAACAUUACCUUUGGAUCUGGUGGUGCUUUAUUGCAGAAAAUGACCAGAGAUCUCCUGAACUGUUCCUUCAAAUGCAGUUAUGUAGUAACCAAUGGACUUGGGGUAAAUGUUUUCAAAGAUCCAGUCAUGGAUCCAAACAAGCGAUCUAAGAAAGGACGUCUGUCUUUGCACUGUACUACUUCAGGGGAUUAUGUCACACUUGAAGAAGGUAAAGGAGAACUGGAAGAAAAUGGUCCUGAUCUUCUGCAUACAGUUUUCAAGAAUGGCAAAGUUAUCAAGAGUUACACCUUCGAUGAAGUGCGGGAAAAUGCUCAGCUGAAGAUGAGUAAAUGUGGAGAACUUCAAUAAAUCCAAAUUCAUAUCAAAUAUAUAUACAUAUGUACACAAUGAUGUCAAGUCUGUUGCGGGUUCAAUGCACAGAUGUAUAUAUCGUAAUGGUUUUAAAAUUUGCCUAUGAAGUUGAAAAGAUUUAUAACUGUCACAUAAAACAGCAAAUGAAGUCCACCCAUACCCUCAUCAUCCACUGCAGUUUGCAUUUUUAACUGACGCUUGCUGUACACAAAUUUUAACAUUGUGUUGCUUUGAGCAGCUGCUGCUUGUGUUGUAAUAUGUAAAUUGUGGGGUAUAAUAGUGGUAACAAGAAAUUAUGAAGAUGUGCAAAUGUUGGUCAUGUGUUUGAACUGGAUAACCUACUUCACAAAGGAAAAUGUUGGCCAAUAUGGGACAUAUAUUUAAAUAUAUUUUUAGUGUGUAUACACCAAACUUCUUUACAAUCUUAAGUUUUUUUUUUUCUUUUAAUGGGGGUUCAAUUUUAUAGUUCCGUACUCUGUUCUGGUUUGGAAGUAGGGACAGUGUUGCUGAAUAGGAAUAAACAGUUAUGGCAGUCGUACAACCAUUUGUUAUUAUGAUGAACAAAGCCUUCUUUGCACACAAAUGUUUAGAUUUGGGGGGUUGGUGUGGGUAGUUGAUAGUGCACUUUUUAAGAGAACUACUUCGUGUGCUGGAAAAUUGUAGGCUUUUUUAGAACCUGAAACACUGAGGAAAGGUGUCUAACCAAACAACUACCUUUUUGAAGUUUAAUGGAACAAUCAAAAAUGAAUUUAUUCUUGAAAGACUUUGUAGUUUGUCAAGAAUAUUAAUUAAUUUUGAUGCACUUGUUGAGCGCUAGCCUUCUAUUUCACAUUUCCAAAAUUGAUAGGAAGAAUACUUUCGUUGAGAUGCUAAGUUUUUUUUUUAUUUUGCCAAAUUCCUUUGUACAAUUUAAAUUGAGAACUCUCUCUUCCCCAAAAAAUAUUCUACACCAGUGUAACACUUAAAUUUGGAAAUGGAAGGGAAAAUUAGACACAUCACUGUCACCCUAGUAGAAUGAAAUAAACCUAACUUCUCUUGCAAUGAGGGAGGAAGUCGUAAAAGUAUAAAUUUUAUAACUGAAGUAUAGAUUAGGCCUUUAAGUUCUGUAUUGCACCAUGUUGUAGUUUUGUGUAGAAAAUUAAAUUCCUGGGACUGCUGUUUACAACAGAGGUGUAUUAUGUUUCCUAUCCUCUCUGAUUGUUUCAUAUCCCCAAAUUUCAAUGACGCUUGUAAUGUUUUUUGAUGCUCCUUACUGUAGCAAUAUACCUAAACAGUAAAACAGAUUGCUAGACUAUGCAAUAAGAUUUUUCUCGUUGAACAUGGGAAGUGAACAUAUUGGUUCCAUAUAUUUGUGCUGAAAUGGCUUGAGCAUACUUCUUCUAAGUACAAGAUUCUGAAAAUAAGCCAUUUCCAGAUAUCAUGAAUUCUGCUUGCUGCCCCCCACAGUGGAAACUGUGACAGAGGAAGAUCAUUAGUAUUACUAUGAUACAAAUUACAGACCCAAUGACUUAAUCUUAAAUGGCUUGUUAAAUUUGAAUGUGUUGUUAAUAUUUUCUCCUUGUAACAUCAACAGAGUAAGUCUGGGAUCAUCAAUUAAUAAGGGGAACAAGUGUGAAGAAUAUUUUCCAGAUGUUCAGAAACAACAGGGGCAGGGGUCAUUUAAGUGGUGGAGAAAGCAAAACGACAGGUACUCUGAAACAUUUUUAUAUAGAAAAGCUAGGUUUGUUUAAUACUAAACCCACUAUUUAAAAUGUCUUUCAUGCCUUGCGUGACCAGUUUCUGUUUCCAAACUGGACUCUUUUACAUUUUGAGACACAAGUGGUUCAGCUUGGAAUACUCCAAAUUGAAAAAUGUUAUUGUUUGCUCUCUAGAUACAAAUAAUUAAUGUAUAACAUAACAGUAAAGUGAACUUAGAGUUGACACUUGGAGAUAAAUUAUUGCCAUUAAGUAACCUUGAAGAAUGAGUUCAGUGUGUCAAUGGUUUGGUUUCAAGUUUUGGUGAAUGAAUUUCAAAGUUAUGGAUUUUGAAAAGCCAUGCAAAUAUUCAUGAUUCAGCUAAAUCCAAGAAUUGAAUAACUAUUGGGUGAAGCUGUCUAGGAAUUGAAGUGAAUGUCAGUUAUGAUCAUGAAUAAAACAUCCAACAUAGCAACCAAA